AUGGGUGAUACGAUUCAAAAUGGGAGACUGUAUCUUGAGCCCGAGGGUGAAUCCUUCAAGGCCCACAAUGAUCUUCCUUGUCAGAUCUCUGAAGAUCAGCCACUGCUAGACUAUCGGUUCAUUCAGCCCGAACCUACACGCGUCGAAUCUCCACAAGGAAUCGCUAUCAUAUGCUGCACGGUAUCGGUGUUGUUCGUUAGCUGCGCACUCAAUAGCCUAGUCACGCUCAACAUCCCACAACUUUCGUCGGAGUUCGGAUUGAAACCUGGAGUCGAAUUAUGGCCAAUGUCGAUGUACUAUCUCGCCCAAGGCUGCACAUUCCUGCUGGCAGGAUCUUUAGACGAUGUCUUCGGUAGCAGAAAAGUGUUUCUCUUUAGUUGCUUUCUGCAGACCAUCUGCUAUCUAUGUAGCGGACUUGCCAAUACUGGGAUGCAGCUUAUCGCACUCAGAACAGUGUCUGGUGUGGCUUACCCGAUGUGUUUCGUUUCUGCAAUGAGCAUUCACAGCGACGAUCUUCCCAUUGGCAAGUUACGCAAUUUAGCUUUUUUCUGUACGAGUAUAAGUCAAUAUAUUGGCUCCGGAUUUGGUAUACUUCUCAGUGGAGUACUCUCAGAGACUGUGGGUUGGCAAUGGGGUUUUCGUGGCGCCGCAGUCUUGAGUCUCUCGGCUCUUCUCUUGUCAAUUUGGGCAAUUCCCAAACAGUCCGAAAACCCAAAAUAUGCCACAUGGGCAGCAAUGGCUGAGGAUAUUGAUUUGGCCGGAACUAUGCUCGCCAGUUCAUUGAUGGCGCUGCUCUUUGCUGCAUUGGCUGUGAUCACGAACAAUGUCGCGAACAUCGGCAAAUCAGGGCUUUUCAUUCCAGUUGCUCUGGGAUGGAUUAUACUAGUCGCUUUCCUUUUCUGGCAAGAUUGCUGGGAAAGAGACCACACCCUACGCAUUCAGAAUUCUCUCUGGACAAAUAACCAUUUCAUCUCGAUCUGCGUGGCUGUCUUCUUCGUUUACGCAUCUUCCCAUUCUACCUCGCAACUGAUGAUCUUCGUAUUCCAACGCGCACAAGCACUUUCAAUCCUACAAUCUUCGUGGCGAUACUUGCCAAUCCCAAUAAUUGGGGCACUAAGCAGUAUACUCACAGGACGGUUCUUGUCUCGCGUGGAGGCCAGCAAGAUUCUUAUUAUUACAAUAGCUCUUUCGGCUCUCGCUCCCUUCUUGAUGGCUAUCUCAAACCCAGACUGGCCGUACUGGAAAUGUGCUAUCACCGCUGUGUCACUAAACUCGAUUGCAUCAAAUGCAGUGAUUCCAAUAGCUGGCCUGAUGGUCUCUGGAACAUUCUCUGCCGACGUUCAGGCACUUGCGAUGGGAGUGCUCUGCACUGUGGCUAUGAUCGGAGCCUCGGUUGGCAUGGCACUCACUGCGUUGAUUUCGAACGAUUUCAUGGCAGAUCUACUUCUGACGCCCGAUCGGACCACAUCUCUACAUGAAUCCCCAGAAAUAUGGAUGACUGGGUAUCGAAGCGCAUUUUGGUUCUUGUUCUUGAUGAGUUUGACCGGAUUGGCUGUUACUCUUAGCUGUUUGCGCAACAUUGGAUAUUUGGGGCGGACAUCGGAUCUAGGUUAUUGA